UCGCUGCGUCCGCUCCCUAGACGCGGCCCCAAGCGCGGGGUGGGUGGAGGCGGAGUCCGAUCCUGGCCGCGAUAGUCCGCCGGGAUGAACCUGGAGUUGUUGGAGUCCUUUGGACAGAACUACCCAGAGGAAGCUGAUGGAACUUUGGAUUGCAUCAGUAUGGCCCUGACCUGUACCUUUAACAGAUGGGGCACACUGCUCGCUGUUGGCUGUAAUGAUGGCCGAAUUGUCAUCUGGGAUUUCUUGACAAGAGGCAUUGCUAAAAUAAUUAGUGCCCACAUACAUCCUGUCUGUUCCUUAUGCUGGAGUCGAGAUGGUCACAAGCUUGUGAGUGCAUCAACUGAUAACAUAGUGUCACAGUGGGAUGUCUUAUCUGGGGACUGUGAUCAGAGAUUUCGAUUCCCUUCACCUAUACUGAAAGUCCAGUAUCAUCCUCGAGAUCAGAACAAAGUUCUUGUAUGUCCCAUGAAAUCAGCUCCUGUUAUGUUGACCCUUUCUGAUUCCAAACAUGUCGUCUUGCCAGUAGACGAUGAUUCUGAUCUGAAUGUAGUAGCAUCUUUUGAUAGACGAGGGGAAUAUAUUUAUACAGGGAAUGCAAAGGGGAAGAUCUUGGUCCUAAAAACAGAUACCCAGGAUCUAGUUGCUUCUUUCAGAGUAACAACUGGGACCAGCAAUACCACAGCUAUAAAAUCAAUAGAAUUUGCUCGGAAGGGGAGCUGCUUUCUAAUAAAUACAGCAGAUCGAAUAAUCCGAGUGUAUGAUGGCAGGGAAAUUUUAACCUGUGGCAGAGAUGGAGAACCAGAACCCAUGCAGAAAUUGCAGGAUUUGGUAAACAGGACACCUUGGAAGAAAUGUUGUUUCUCUGGAGAUGGAGAAUACAUAGUUGCAGGCUCUGCCCGACAGCAUGCCUUGUAUAUAUGGGAGAAGAGUAUUGGUAAUUUGGUAAAGAUUCUUCAUGGAACUAGAGGAGAGCUUCUGUUGGAUGUCGCUUGGCAUCCCGUCCGACCUAUAAUAGCAUCCAUUUCUAGUGGAGUGGUAUCUAUCUGGGCACAAAAUCAAGUGGAAAACUGGAGUGCAUUUGCACCAGACUUUAAAGAGCUGGACGAAAAUGUGGAGUAUGAGGAAAGGGAGUCAGAGUUUGACAUUGAGGAUGAAGAUAAGAGCGAGCCAGAACAAACAGGUGCUGAUGCUGCAGAGGAUGAAGAAGUGGAUGUCACUAGUGUAGAUCCUAUAGCUGCUUUUUGUAGCAGUGAUGAGGAGCUGGAAGAUUCAAAGGCUUUGUUGUACUUACCCAUUGCACCUGAGGUAGAAGACCCAGAGGAAAAUCCUUAUGGACCCCCACCUGAUGCUGUCCAAACUUCACUGAUGGAAGAAGGAGCUGGUUCAGAGAAGAAGAGACAGUCCUCAGCUGAUGGGCCCCAGCCACCGAAGAAGAAAACCAAAACCACCAACAUUGAGCUGCAAGGAGUACCUAGUGAUGAAGUCCAUCCGCUACUGGGGGUGAAGGGGGAUGGCAAAUCGAAGAAGAAGCAAGCAGGCCGGCCUAAAGGAUCAAAAGGUAAAGAGAAAGAUUCUCCAUUUAAACCGAAACUCUACAAAGGGGACAGAGGUUUACCUCUGGAAGGAGCAGCGAAGGGUAGAGUGCAGGCGGAGCCCAGCCAACCCUUGACAGCAGGGGGAGCCAUCUCAGAGCUGUUGUGAAGACAACCUUUGGAGUUUGCCAUUCUUUACCCACUCUGCGGUCCUGCGGCCUCGGACCCUGUGCUUGGACGGAUGAGACUGACUUUCAUAUAAGACCAAGGUUGAAUGAAGGGAAUUAUGAAAGAAGAGUGACUUUCCCCAGCCCUCCCUCUCAAAGCAUAACUCUGAAUAGACUCAGGAAAAGAGGACUUGCAAAGCCUUGAACGGGAGUCGGGGCUCGUGCAGAUGGAAUGCUUCUCGGCUUAGUUAUGCUGCUGGAACACCAUCCACGUUUUCUUUGUGUGACCUCCCUUAACUAAGCGUCACUUGGGUGCGACCUUUCCCAUCUUCUGCUGUGUCAUCCCUCAGCGCAUGUCCUCGAGUGAAUUGUUGUUCUGUGUAACUUCUCCCUGUUGUCUCCUAGAAAAGGAUGUUGCAUACUCUACUCUUUUCUCUCUCUUUUUUUUCCCUAACCCAGUCAACAUGUAAAGGCCUGUAUUCCAAGAUAAAUCAUCCUUUUUAAGAACAGGCAAGAAAAUGAAGUGCUUAUAAUCCAAAAAGCUCAGGAAAAAUAUAGAGCCAUCAGAAAGGGAAGACAGAGAAGAAACUCAAUUUGACUAUCAUAUAACCUUUUCCCCAAGAGAUGGGGAUGUAAAAUGUUCUUUUUAAAAAAAACUUUUUGUUUAUUCCAUUUUAGCCUUCAGCAUCAAUUUAAUCUAUCUAAAUCAUGUUUUUGAAGACAGGGAUUUUCACCUGUCCCAGGCAAAGUAGCACAUAAGAGAUUUUUUUUUUUUUUUUGGCUGCCAUGUGCAGACUUAUAGAGAAGAAACCAUACAAAGGUGUCUCUGAGCCUCUGAGUAUCUAUGCAAGGUCUAAAAUGGAGCUGUCCAAAAUCAGAUCAAAUCAAAGUUCAAAGUGAAAUUUUUUUUCGUUACUCUCCAUGCAUUUGCCCUUUCCUCAAAACAUCAGUGUUGCCCCCUGUUUGUGUCUAUGUUGUAAGCAGUUUGUUUCUUCCUUACAGUACCUCUUUUUAACAUUUUCUUUUGGUCACUUCCUUUCUGUGAAAGGCUUCUCUGUUUUCUCAGUUUCUCCACCACCAUUCAUGAAACAAGAGUGGCAGAUGAAAUGUGUACACACACAAGAAACCUUUAUAUUUUUAAAAAUUGCCCACAGUUCUUUCCCUUUCCAUUGCUGGUACUUUGUGAACCUGCGUAGCUCAUGAUUUCACCUCUUCUGUUUAUGUUGUGUUGCUUACUUUCUCAAAAGUUCAUUUUAGGGAAGGAAAAUAUGGAAUGAAAAAUCCACAAACCUAGGUGCAGUAUUCAUCUAGCUAUAUCUAUUUUAAUUUGAAGGUAGUUAUUUCUCUUUACUAAUUGAGGAAAGCUUUAGAACAGUUUAUGCUAUAGCAUGAGGAGGAACCCACUGAGCUCAUUGAUGAACCAAGAAAGAGAUGAAUCAGGUUAUUUGAUAGGAUGUUUGAGGAAUAGUAGGAGAAACAAAAUAUGUCUGAAAGAGCCUUCCUUAACUUUUCACUUGUUCAUGUAAGAGAAAAGUCCAUUUCUCAAAGUAUGUGACAAAAAGUCCAUGUUCUUUGAUGUAACUAUUCUUUCCAGAACCCCUUGUUACCCAGACUUUUAAUGUGAGUUUUUCAGUAGUAAAGGAAAUUGUGUAGACUACUGGAUAAACUUUUGUUUUACACCAUUAGAACCAUUGUCAUUACUUUGGAUUGUAUUCUGUAAUAGGUUGCAAAUUCACAUAAAUGCUUCUCUACCUUGUCACCAUUUACCAUGUAAUUUGAAUUUCCUUGCCAGGGUACUUGGGUAUUGAGAUAUUUCCCUUCCCAAAUCUGAGAGUACCAAUCUAAGCUCCUUCAAGUUGGCCCUUGACAACAUCUUCAUGAUUUGUUUUUGUGACUCAAACUAUUUUCUUCCAUUCUUCAGACUUGUCCUUUUCAUUUGAUUGCUUCUCCGUUUGUACAGUAUAUGUAUAUUUUUUUCCUCCUUUUAUUUACCUCCCUAUAUUUGUAAUGUGUUUUCCUUCUUGUCACUUUUUUUUUAAUUUUCAAAUGCUCUGUAGUUUUCUAAAAGAUGAAAAUUGGUCACUUGAAUAGUUCUUACUAAAGUGAUGAUGCUUUGUAAAUAAAGACACUUGUUUUACUUAAA